GAAAAUCGUUUAUUAUUUAGAGUUAUAAGCACAAACAAUAGAACCUUUAGCAAUAGCUUUUCGUUAAUGACAAAAGAAAAUAUUAUUGAUAUAAAGAAUAGAAAAGUGUUAUGAAUCAAAAUUUUAAUGAUUAUGAUAGUAUUGGACAGCGACCUCCGAUUCCGGGAGAAGAAACAUCAAAAAAGUUCAAGAUGACAGACAGUGCUCAAAGUGAAUUACAUUUAUUUAUGACGUCAUCAUCAUCAUCACAAUCAUCUUCAUCUCCAUCAUGUCUUAAGUGGGCUCGCACAUUAGGCAGCUUAUUGGAAGAUCGCGAGGGCGUUGAACUGUUUAAGAAAUAUGUAGAAUCGGAAGGUGGUAUUCAUAGUGAUAGAUUGAAUUUCUAUUUCGCAUGCGAAGGAUUAAAACAGCAAAGUGAUCCUGAUAAAGUUAAGCAAAUAAUUGGGGCAAUUUAUAGAUUUUUGAAAAAGAGUGAACUUCUUGUGCCUGAUGAUAUUAGACGAGCUGUUAAAGCGGGACUUAAGGAUGAAAUAAUUUUAACGCCAGACGUUUAUGAUCAAAUGCAGCAUGAUGUCGAGAGAAUUAUUAAUGAAUCGACAUAUCCAAAUUUUCUUCAGUCUGAUAUGUAUGUUCAAUACGUUCAGCAAGCACAACAGCCAAUGACCGUCAUUGAACGGAAUCAAUAUUUACAACAGCAACAAACUAUAUCAACCAGUACAACGACUGCUACAUCAUCGACUAUUUCCGAAACAUCAUCAAAAUUUCUUUCGAGAAGCUCAACACUGCCAACUUUAAUGGAAGAAGCCGGUGAUGGAUGUUCAGUUGGAGAUGUAACUGAGUCCAUAAGUGAUCCAAUUAAUCGAGUGCCAAGUACUACAACCAGUAAAGUUCCAAUGUCACUUACAAAAGAUGCACUUAUGGCAACACAACGAAGACGACUUGAAAUGCGUUCUCCUGGUGUUCACGGAUAUUCAGUUUAUAACAAUUAUGCUCCAUAUAAUCCAGUCUCAAGACGAGAUUCGGAAUUGGCAAGUUUGAGUUCAGGACGAACAGACUCUGAUACCAUGUCAAUUUCUAGUAUGUCGACAGACGGACGUCCACAACGUAGGCAUCAUCAUCAUCACCAUCAUCAGAGUUCUUUAGAGCGAAGAAUGAUACGUGAAAAUAUAGCAAUUAAUAAUACUGAAUCAUUAACAGUAAUACCUCGAACACAACGCGUAGAUGUUAAGUCUCAUUCUCUUUCUUCUGAAGAAUUCCUUAAGAUUCUUUUACCUAAGCUUGAAGCAGUGAAAAAAGAGCAGGAUAGGAUGGAAUUGCUUAAUAAGAAACUCUUGGAGGUUGAACAAUCGAAAAGCAAUAAGUUGUUUGCUGAUGCAAUUAGUGCCAAAUUAAUGUUAGAUGACGACAAGGAUGAUCAGGAUAUUUUAGAUGAGCAUGUAUCGCGAGUUUGGUCCGACAGAACACCGCUAAGAUCGCCUGGAAAUUUAUCACCAGGAAAUCCACUAAACCAAUUCCAACGAAGGAAAAUGCAUGAAACAACAUUCAGUUGUGGAAGCAGCAUACAAUCAUCAAUGCGAGUAUCAAAAUCAAUGCCGGAUUCAAACAUGCGGAGAUUUACAAAAUGGGGUAGCAUUAAUACUGAUAGUGGAAUCAGCUUGUUUUCAUCGGAUACGAUGACGAUAAAGCAUAAAGAUGCGAUGAGUAUAUCAAGCAGCAGUAGUGGAAGCACAAAACCUCCUCCAAGACCAGCUCAGGCUUUACCUACAGAUGUUAGUAAGCUGACACCGCAGCAGAUUGAAGAGCUGAGAAGAACGAAGAGAGUUCAGCAGAUGCAAAUGCAACCUCCAUUACCACAAAAGAAUGUCAAUCCACCUCCAAUACCUGCCAAAAACUUACCUCAACCACCACAAGCUACUCAACAACAACCCGCCAUUACGGAGCAUACGACAACCGUCGUAUAUUCAUUUUGCGAUGAGGAUGUGCCAUAUCGAAUUAAAAUUCCAGGAAAGAGUCCGUUAACACUGAAACAGUUCAAAGAUUUCCUCCCGAAAAAAGGAAAUUAUCGAUUUUUCUUUAAAACACGGUGCGAUGACGAUGAUAAUCCAAUAAUUCAAGAAGAAAUCUUGAAUGAUUCUGAUGUGCUGCCACUCUUUGAUGAUAAAGUUAUGGCAACAGUGAAAUCUGCAUUGUAAAAAAAAUAAUUCUUCUCACGUCGAUUUCCAAUGGACUUAUUUAAAUAUAUUAUUUAAUUAAUAAGCGUCUUCCACAAAGUGGUGGCAAUAACGAAAGUAAAAACUAUAAUAAUUAAUGACUUGAAUGCAGGACAAAUUAAUUAAUAAUCUUGCCAUGAUUGAAAUAGAAAUUGAUUGUAAGGAACACAGAGAGAGGUAAUAUUCUACACAAAAAAACACGGUAAUAAUAGAUUAUUUAAUUAAAUUUUAAGUUUUGAACAAUU